CUCCCCGAUCAGGAAGCUGGGGAGGGCGAGCAUGCAAGUGGCCGCUUUUUGUGGCGAUGGAUAUGGACAUUGUAUCAUCAGACGACCGCAGCAAGUGUGAGGAUGAACUAGCCUACUUUUCCCCAGAAUAUCGAUAUUGGAUUGAUUUUGUUGACUUUCUUUAAUUUCAGGAGCCCGUCAAUAAUUCAGAACUUAAAUUGACAGCCAAAACUUAUUAAUUGUUAAUUUAACCGGGUUUAUUUAGCAGUUAUUUCGGCCCUGUUGCUUUAAUUUCUUUGUGCAGCGAUUCACAUGUCGAAACAAAAGUGGAUUUAAAAGAAACCUUGUUGAUCAACACUCCCUCAACAUGCUUCUGGUUUCUCAGCGACUAGACGCACCGCGCAUGGAACCACUAGUGCCCGGCUCUGUGAAGAGGACGCUGGAUAUGGCUGACAGCCCCUGCAGUCCUGCAGAUCGAGGGGGUGCCAAGCGGCCGUGUCUACAGGAUGUCACUCUGGCUAUGGAGCCCAGCUAUGAAAACCCCUGCUUACCUGCCGGUCCCAGGGUGAGAGAUCGUGGCCGACCCUCACAGGGUGGCAAUAUGGAUUUGCCCUACUCUAUGCCAGCCAAAGUCGGUCUCGGACUCCCGGUGAACAUGUCUGUGGGCGCGACGCCUUCGUGCGUGCCCCCGCCUUCUGUCGAGCAGGAGCUGCAGGACAUCCUGGAGGAGCUAACAAGGAACCCAAACCGCUCCCUUCCUGAACUGGACUUGGAGAAGAUCCUGGGGAGCAAAGGGGACGAUUUGUUGGGCAGUGAAGGGGCAUUUGUGCACCCCGUGGGUGAUGGCACCCCCAAGCGUUCCCCCCAAGGUGCCUCGCCUCUGGAGAGUCCACGCAUCCAAUCGGCAGGUUUCAUCCGGGCUCCUGCUACCAGCUCCCCCAAGUUAACGCCCAGUCAGCCAGGUGCUCCCUUCUCCCUGACCCACCCAGCCAAGCCCCUCUCGCAGCCCCAAUCCCCUGCCUGCUCUCCUAUGUCAUCACCAGCUCACUGCAACCUGCCUAAUUCAAGAUGGCACGAGGUCCCUCAUGCUCAGCAGCUACAGGCCGCACCGUACCAAUCCGACAAGCUGGCCAGCCCUGCCCUAGUCCCGCCCCCGUUUACUCCCCAGAAUUCCCAGGCUUCCUUACUGCCUGGCACGGUUCCCUCCUCAGGCCAGCAGCAGUCUGCCACUCAUGGCUUCGGCCCCCACUGCAGGGGGGGCAGCCAGCUGUUAAAGGCAGCCAUGCGGGUAGGACAGAGUGCCAGCGCUGGGGGCGCCGAGCCGUACUCCUUCAAUAACACCACGCCCCUUCGGCACUUCGACCCAGACCCGUCCAUUCCCAGACCAGGUCAUGUGAUGCCGGGACAGGGCUCCUCUGGUCACUAUGGCACCCCGAAUCUGCAGCUGCUGCCACCUGCUGGCCCGGCAGUCAACACACCAACGUUGCCUCUGCAGCAAGGACAGAGAAGCCUGGAGCCAGGAGGAGCAGCGCCCUGCAUCCGAGGGGACCAGAAUAAUGGGGGAGGAGGCAGAUUCCAAGACCCCACCUCGCUAAGACGGCCCACGCAGGGGGAUGGGUACAGUCUUCUGAAAAGCCAGCUGAGGAAGCAGCUCAUGCAACAGGAGAAGCAGAGACACACUGAGCAGAUGAGCGCUGGCCUCUUGUCGGACUGCCAGCAAGUCACACCAUUUCAAGGUGUGAGCCGAUCACGAGCUCCAGGCCUUGGCUAUCCUAUGGAGCCAUCUGAUCCUACUGUGGUCUCCCACAAUGCAAUGCUGCCUGGCCGGAUGGUACCUGAGGGUUCUCAUGCCCAAACCAAUCAUUCCAUGGCGACCUUUGUUGCUAGCAUGGGCACUAAGCAAGCUGCCGGUCACCCCCCCAGAGAAUUUGGGACGCCUGUACGGCCGGGCCAGGCCAUGAUGGGAUUGAACACACCACCUCAACAGAUCGCCUCGCAUUGUCAGACCUCUGGUCGAGCCCAGAUUCUGGGGCCCUCCUUCAAUGGCAGAUCCAUGCAGCCCCCCAUGCCACAGCAGCAGCUCCCCAGAGCGCCUACGCUCCAGGGAGGCUCCGCCCCCUGCGGAGUGUUAGGUCCCCAGCAGCAGCCAUGCGUUCGGCCCCUAUGGCAGCAGCAGCAACAGGGAUGCCCACGCACUGUCUGCAGCAGUCACAUGGAUCCUGGGUCGCAUCAACACUUAUAUUCAGCAGGAGGCGCUGCGGUGAGCGGGACUCCAUUCUCGCCGCAGUCCCUGCGUCCCGGCAUGCCCUCCGUCCCACACCAAAACGGGCCCUUUAGCCUCUCCCAGGUGCCCAAUAGGCAGGCCAGACACCCUUCCUCUAGUGACCAACAUGGCCCGGGGCCGCGGGGCCUUAUGUCCCCCAUGGGUGCGAUGAAGCCAUGUCCCUCCCUUGCAUUGGCUCCCCUGGGUUGCCCCUCCACCCCUAGCUUGGGCUACAGCAAUGGUAGCUCAGGAUGCAAACUUCGUCCUUAUGAAUUCCCCCAUCCCCCAGGCACCUUAGCACAGGGGUCGAACGGCAGGUAUGGGAUGCACAGGGAUGAAGCCAACAAAGUGGACUUCAUAGAUAUGCUGGUGGGCUCCAGUGACAACUGGCUGAACAAUUUCAACAUGAUUGACAAAUACCUGGAGCAAAAUACCUAAAUACCUAAUCUGUUAAUCUGUUAUCAGGACAUUGUUUUUUUUUUUGUUUUUUUUUGUUUUUUUUGGGGGG